AUGAGUAGCUCAGGUGAACGUUUCACAGAUGUUGAGCUGACAAAUAAACGUCUGCCAGCAUGUUAUGGCUAUAUUGCAUGGAAAUUAGUGUCUCUUGAAGAAGCUAUGGAAGCCCUACAUUAUCUUCUACCGGAAAUCAAUCGAUUUGUUAAACUGGCCCAAAGACAUUGUGUGUUUCCGAAUGAACACAAUUUAAGCAAAGAUGAGGCUGCCACAGUCUAUCUGUACACCAUGGAAAUGUUGGAAGAGGCAAGUGUUCACCAUAUUUUAAACCAAGCACUUCGUGCCGAUGAUAGAUCCAAAGUUCGCCUAUGGUUUGCAUAUCUAAAGCUUUUGGAUUCUGCGAUAUCCAAAUUACCAAAAUUUAAAGGUAUUCUCUGGCGCGGAAUCAAUAAAGAUGUUAGUCAGACAUUCAAAAAGGGUCAAGUUAUAACUUGGUGGAGUGUUAGCUCGUGCUCAACAUCCGUUGAUGUCAUUUCAUCAUUUCUUGGCAACGCUCCUCAAAGCACAUUAUUUAGUAUUGAGUGUUCGAAUGGAAAAUCCAUUGCAGCAUACACAUGUUACCCGAAUGAAAAUGAAGUUAUUCUAAUGCCGGGUACAACGUUUGAGGUUGUAUCAGAUCCGUUACAUCAUCAUGGCGGAUUACAUUUUAUACAUUUAAAAGAAAUUAUUGAUGAUGAUGACGAACAACAAGGAGUAGUUGGAUCAACAACUGCAAAUGUCAUUCCGAACAUUCCUGCAAAUGCCAGAUGGGCACAAAAUGGAAUGACCAUCGCUGGAGGCAACGGAAAUGGCAGUGGAUCCCACCAACUUAACAACCCGUGGGGUCUCUAUACAGAUGAAGAUCAAACUGUUUACAUCGCUGACUUAAUGAAUGACCGUAUUAUGCAAUGGAAGUCUGGUGGAAUGAUCAAUAAAGUAGCAGCUGGUGGCAACGGAGAAGGAAAUCGAACUGAUCAAUUGAAUGGACCAAUAGAUGUGAUUGCCGAGAAAGAGACAGACAGUUUCAUCAUCAGCGAUCGAAAGAAUCGACGAAUAAUGCGAUGGUCCCGUCGAAAUAGAAAAAAUGAAGAGACUAUCAUUGAGAAUGUCGAUUGUUUCGGAUUGGCGAUGGACGAUCAGAAGUUUCUAUACAUUUCUGAUUACAAGAAGCAUGAAGUAAGACGAUAUCGAAUGGGAGAGAAGGAUGGAAUAGUCGUAGCGGGAGGCAAUAGCCAAGGUGACCGUCUAGAUCAACUCAACUAUCCUACCUUCAUCUUUGUCGAUAGAGAUUAUUCUGUAUACGUCUCGGAGUGGAACAAUGAUCGUGUGACCAAGUGGAUGAAGGGUGCAACAGAAGGAAUUGUCGUGGCUGGUGGUCACGGUCGAGGAAAUACUCUGAAUCAAUUGGCGGAGCCCAAAGGAGUGUUCAUCGAUGCGUCGGGCACAGUCUAUGUGGCAGAUGAUGCGAAUGAUCGAGUGAUGCGUUGGUCCAAGAGUGCGACAAAGGGAAAUGUGAUUGCUGGUGGAAACGGUAAGGGAUCAGAAGCAAACCAGUUCAAUGGACUCACAGGCUUGUCAUUUGAUCGAAAUGGCAAUCUGUAUGUCGCCGACUGGGGGAAUCAUCGAGUUCAACGAUUCUCCAUUGAACAAUAA